GGGUGACUGGAAGUCACCCAGAGGUCCCAGUAGGGGCCCUGCCCAGCAAGCUUCCUAACCAGGGCUUCCGUUUCCGCAGGGGAGCAGUAGGCAGGGAGCAGGCCCGGCCCGCCUCUGGGACUCUGCCUCCGCGUGCUCACGGCUCUCCCAGCCUGGUACUAAGCCACAUCAUGAGUCUGGACCUCGUGGGAGAUUAACUCUUGGGCAUGGGAGCACUUUGGAGGAGAAAUGACAGGUCCCAGGUCACCAACAGGCAGGGGCAGCUGUCCUACUUGAUAGAUCCUGCCUGCUGGGAGCCUACCACCGAGAGUUCCCCCUCCCCGCCCCCACAUACACUAAUACCUCUGGCACCGCGUCCACCCCGCGGACUUUGGCCUCAGCUGGAGCUCCUGGGGGAGCCGGGGACUGGGAGCAAAGGAGGAAGCUGGUGUGGCACCUGCCCGCUCCCCCGGAGGAGGUAAGCAGGGGCGGGCGCUGGGCGGCUGGGAGGACUUGUGAGGUAUGGCACGUGCUGAUAACUCCCGCUCCAAGCUCCAACGUGCCUCCUCACACUUCUCCCUUUUGAUCCUCCACAACUCCCCAGGGGGCAUGGCGGGUGCUAGUCCCACUCGGCAGGUGAGAAAACAGGUCCAGAGACGCAGUGAGAUGCUCAGCAUCACACAAUCCCGGGGCGGCCAUGUGGCUGCCUGUGCUGCUGGGCGCCUUCCUCUGGGCGGCGCUGUGGCUGCUCAGAGACCGGCGGCGCCUGCCGCCCAGCGAUGCCUUCGUCUUCAUCACGGGCUGCGACUCUGGCUUCGGGCGGCUCCUGGCGCUCAGGCUGGACCAGAGGGGCUUCCGAGUCCUGGCCAGCUGCCUGACGCCGUCGGGGGCGGAGGACCUGCAGCGGGCCGCCUCCUCCCGCCUCCGCACCACCCUGCUGGACGUCACCGACCCCCCGAGUGUGCAGCGGGCAGCCGCGUGGGUGGAAGCGUGUGUUGGGGACACAGGUCUCUUUGGCCUGGUGAAUAACGCGGGGGUGGCCGGCAUCAUUGGGCCCACGCCAUGGCUGACCAGGGAGGACUUCCGGCGGGUGCUGACUGUGAACACACUGGGUCCCAUCGGCGUCACCCUGGCCCUGCUGCCUGUACUGCAGCGGGCCCGGGGCCGGGUGGUCAACAUCACCAGCGUCCUGGGGCGCCUGGCAGCCAACGGUGGGGGCUACUGUGUCUCCAAGUUUGGCCUGGAGGCCUUUUCAGACAGUCUGAGGCGGGACGUGGCCCCUUUUGGAGUCCGGGUCUCCGUCGUGGAGCCUGGCUUCUUCCGAACCCCCAUGACAGAUGCGGAGAGUUCGGAGCGCGCCCUGCGGGCCUGCUGGGCACGGCUGCCGCCAGCCACUCAGGCCCGCUACGGGGAUGCCUUCCUGGCCGAGUACCUGGAAGUGCAGCAGCGCGUCAUGAGCCUGAUCUGUGACCCGGACCUGGCCAAGGUGAGCAGGUGCCUGGAGCAUGCCCUGACCGCUCGUCACCCCAGGACCCGCUACAGCCCAGGCUGGGACGCCAAGCUGCUCUGGCUGCCAGCCUCCUACCUGCCCGCCAGCCUGGUGGACGCUGUGCUCACCUGGGUCCUUCCCAAGCCCGCCCAGGCAGUCUAGUCCAGCCUUCCAGCAACAGAUGGUUCUUCAAAUACAAGAACUCUGUCCUCACCCUGGUACUUCCUGGUGCCUGGCACAAAACAGGCACUCAAUAAAUGUUCUUUUAAAAGUUAAUGGGCA